AUGUUGUCGGUCGUGCUGAGUGCAACCACCACGAUAACAAUGAACAGAGGCGAGCAGGAGAAUCUUUACCGGCAGUCACGCAAUCUACGGCUGCAGCAGCAGGAAGCGAAAGCGCAGCAACUACAGCAGCAGCAGCAACAGCAUCAACAGCUGCAGCACCAGCAACAUCAGCAACUCGGCAAGCGCCACUACUCCUACGGGAAUAUACACCAGUUCAGCGGUGCCACCGUGGCAUUGCCACCGAUCAUGAUCGCCCGCGGGCUCGGUUCGUUCGCGGUGGACGACCAGCAGCUGCGGCAGGCGGGCGGUCCCGCCCACGACGAUCUCGUGCUGAGCGUGCUCAAGUCACCGGUGAAGGAGACGACGAACCUGCUGGCCGGUAGCCGGUCGGCCCUGUCGGCCAGCCCGAGCGCGGGCAGCAACGGGAUAACGAUGGGCGGCAGUUCGACGCAGGCGCAAACGCCGAGCCCGUGCGCGACCGGUGGCGGCGGUGGCAUGAUGAUCAGCUACCGGGCGCUCCAGGGCUCCGAGGAUGAUCUGGUCGACGAUGUGGAGUCGGCCAUCGAAACGACUGAGCUGAAUGCGGGCGAUCCGCAUAAGGCACCGCUCCAUCCGGGCACCUCCUGUUCCUCCUCUUCCCCGCGUGCCCUUAAAUUCCUGCGCCGCUUUCGGCCGGGAAAGCCGGCGCGUGCCUUCGAACCGCACCACAAGCGGGUACCGACACCGAUGCGGCGCAAAAACCGGAGCCGAUCGCGGUCGCGCUCGAACGAUAUACUGGACGGGGUUAGUGCGAGCCAGGGCAAUAUCGUGGUCGAUGAUGAUGAUGAUGACGAUGAUGUCGAUAUGGAUGACGAUGUGAACGAGCUACCGGGCGUCUCCAUGGGACUGCAUCAUCACGGUGGUACGGGUGUCGGGGGUGCGGGUGAGGCGGGCGGGGGAGCAAUGAGCGGUACGGGGAAAAAUUUGGGCGUGCCCAACCCGUACUACCCGAUAGCGCUACCGAUCGACCAAGCGUUUAAGGCCAAAUACGUUUUCCAUCAUCGGCGCGGUAAAACCGUGCAGGAGCGGUUCUACGUCUUUCUCGAGCAUCCUGGCGGUUGGCUGUGUUUUGUAUAUCACUUCUCAGUAUUUCUGCUUGUUUUAGUGUGUCUGAUAUUUAGCGUAUUAUCGACGAUAGACGAGUAUAGUAAGUUCGCGAACGAGACCUUAUUCUGGAUGGAGAUAUGUCUGGUGGUAUUCUUCGGUGUCGAGUACCUGGUGCGGCUCUGGUCCGCCGGUUGCCGUUCGAAGUACAUGGGCUUCUGUGGCCGGUUACGCUUCAUCCGCAAACCUAUCUGUAUUAUAGAUCUUAUUGUAGUCGUAGCGUCUAUGGUUGUGCUGUCCGUCGGCUCAAAUGGUCAGGUGUUUGCAACGAGUGCCAUCCGAGGCAUCCGCUUCCUACAGAUUCUUCGCAUGCUGCACGUGGACCGGCAGGGCGGCACCUGGAGACUGCUCGGUUCGGUCGUGUUUAUCCAUCGACAGGAGCUGAUUACCACACUGUACAUCGGUUUCCUAGGGCUUAUCUUCAGCUCGUACUUCGUGUAUCUCGCCGAGAAGGAUGUGCUCGGACCGGACGGCAAGGCGGACUUUGCCAGCUAUGCCGAUGCGCUCUGGUGGGGCGUCAUCACCGUCACGACGAUCGGGUACGGUGACACGGUACCGCAGACCUGGAUGGGCAAGAUCGUAGCCUCCUGCUUUAGUGUGUUCGCAAUCUCGUUCUUCGCACUGCCGGCCGGUAUUCUGGGGUCCGGAUUCGCCUUAAAAGUACAACAGAAGCAGCGCCAAAAGCACUUCAACCGCCAGAUACCGGCCGCCGCCAUGCUGAUCCAGUGCCUCUGGCGCUGUUAUGCCGCCGACAAGAGCUUCCACAGUGACGCCACCUGGCAGAUCUACGUCAAGUCGACCGACAACGGCAACAACAACGGCAACAGCAGCACAGCCCUUCCCUCGCAGUUGGGCAAAGUGAGUGCGAUGUUUAGCGGUACCCUAAUGGUGCAGGUGGCGCGACGCGGUGCAUCGGUGCUGAAACGGCGCAAAUCCCGGAACCGCAUGGAGGCGCCCCAGAUGAAACCACCGCUCAGUGCCGGCCUCGGACCGGGGGCGGGCCCUGCGUCGGUUGGUGCAUCGUCGACGGCGGCCGGUGCAAAUGCUUCCGGUGCGAGUUGUGCUUCCGCGGCUGGUGGUAGUGGGGGUGGUGGUGGCGCGGGCGGUGGCCAGGGGACGGCACUUGCUCAAACGGCCGUCGGUGGCGCACAGGAGGGAGGACAGCUUGGGACACCCAACACGCCGGGCGGAGUGACUACCGGUGGUGGCGCGGCGGGAGAUCUGACGAAAAGUGAAUCCGACGGUGACGUUGUAUUCUACAUGGAAGAACCACGAUCAGCAGGCACUCCGCUGCGGACGCGUCGAAACGAUCCGAACCGGGGUGUGUUCGUUAGCCAAAACAGUUCCGUCACGGAAGCACCGAGCGAUGAGGUGGAAGCCGAACCGGAACCGGACGACGAACCGGAACCGGCCCGUGUCACGCAACUGACGGAAGCGCACCGGAAUGCGAUACGUGCGAUCCGGAAGAUCAAAUACUUUGUCGCGCGGCGUAAGUUUCAGCAGGCGCGCAAACCGUACGACGUGCGGGACGUGAUCGAGCAGUACUCGCAGGGCCACCUGAACAUGAUGGUGCGCAUCAAGGAGCUGCAGCGCCGGCUGGACCAAACGCUCGGCAAGCCGGGCAGCUAUCUGGCCGGCAUUGAUCGGGUCGGCAACAUCAAACCGAUGACGGUCGGCGCCCGGCUGUACCGCGUCGAGCAGCAACUAUCUGUGAUGGAUAAGAAAUUGGAUCAAUUAACGCACGCCAUCAACUCGAUGACGAUGCAGCAGAAGAUGAUAUUACCGCCGAUGCAACCGUACCAGGCGCAUCCGCUGCACCAGCCGCACCCGAUGCCACCGCCGAUGCCGGCCGGUGUCCAUCCGCUGCACUCGCCCGCCACGCUCGGUGCGAUCGUGCAGCACCAGCAGCAGCAACAGCAGCAAAUCUCACCGCUUCAGUUGCCGGCUGCCCCGUCGCUAGCUUCCUCACCCUCGCUCGCCAUGAAAAGCCUCGAGGACGAUGUAUAA